AUGCUUUAUGAGGUACCCAGCACAACAGUGGAAGCCCUGGAGAGAACCACUAGUCGACACUUCAGGAAGUGGCUAGGAGUUCCACCCAGCUUUACCAGUAUUGGACUCUACGGGAAGAGCAACAAGUUACAGCUCCCGCUAUCUUCACUGGAAGAAGAGUUCACGACAGCAAAAGCAAGACUUGUUUUACCCUUGAGGGACUCACCGGAUGAGCUCAUCCGGGAGGCAGGGAUCCAAACCCGAACGAGCAGGAAAUGGUCAGCGACAGAGUCUGUGAGCCAGGCAGAACACGCGCUCAAGCACAAAGACAUUGUCGGAGUGACUGCUGUUGGACGUGAAGAAAUUGGUGCGAGAAAGGUGGUACUGUGGAGCCGAUCAGACCAGAAAGAGAGGCGUGCGAUGAUCCAGUCUGAGGUCAGGAGAAUAGAAGAAAAUGCCAGACAAGCAAGGGCUGUACAAAUGGGAGCGCAGGGAGCAUGGACCACAUGGGAAACCGCAAACAGGAAGUUGACCUGGGGAGACAUCUGGAACGAAUUUGGGCCGAUGGGACUCGCAGAAGAUCCAAAAUGCAGCCUGUGUAACAGAGUAGGCACCCUAGAGCAUGUUCUGUCAUCUUGUGCUACAGCACUGACACAGGAAAGAUAUAGAUGGAGGCAUGACUUGGUCCUCAGAGAGCUGGCUGACUGGCUAGGGAAGGAACGAACGAAGGAACGUGGUAAUUACCCCCGCCAUGGGCACAUCGCUUUCGUCAAAUCGGUUGAGACCAUGAAGACACAGAAACCAACAAAAGCAUCAAUUAUUGAUGGCACGAGAGACUGGAAGAUGGAAGUUGACCUUGGUAGAAGGCAUUUUUUCCCAAACGUGGUUCAGACGACCUUACGACCAGAUAUUUUACUGUGGUCAGAGACAGGAAAGAAGCUCGUCACCAUAGAGCUGACAUCCGUGCACAGGUUGAUGACAGCAGUAGGAACUUCUGGCAGGGAGAGGCAAGUGGCUAUUCAGAGACUGAGCGAAGCAGCUGAAUCGGCAUCAAGCUGGCUGUGGCUAAGGCGAGAGGAGAAGAGCUGGAGGCAAUCAACCAACACGCAGUGA